AGCACCGCGCGCCGCGCACGCAUGAGCCGGCCGAUUCGUAAUUCGUAUUUGAGUUUAGCAGCAGUGCGGGGUGGACGACGAACGUGUUAAAAUGAGCUCCUUUUUAUUAAAUAUUUUAUUAUUAUUUAUCUGUGGUCAGAUGGUUAUGUGCCAGGAUGUCUACAGAGCAGCAAUAAUAGGCAACGGGAAACAACACACUAAAAACUAUGCAUCCCUUAUACAUGAAGCGGCCAAAUUGGAUGCGGAUAUCCUUCUAUUAGAAACAGUGGAGGAUAAGGGCAACAUAGGAUCAUGUAGCCGAUGCGAUACUAACUAUGAUGCGAUAUUGAAAGCGGUUUCUACAGCUGCGAAGGAAACCGCGAUCUAUGUAGGAGUUCAUGUAUAUGAAAAAAUAACUUGUAAUAAACAUGAAGAUAUUGUCAGAAGUAAUUUAAUAUUCAAUAGAAAUGGAGAUAUAAUUUCUGUUUCCAGGAAGCCAUGGAAUAAAGCUAAUUGCAAUUCAACAUAUUCAAACAGUGCAAGCUUUUCAACUGAUUUUGGAGUCAAAUUUGGAGUACUGAUGGAAGAGGAUAUAUUAAAUGUUCAAGAUAUAAAUUUUAGUAAUUAUAUAAUACUGGGUUCACGGCCUCGCACAAGUGGGAAAUUACAUGCAUCGCAAUUUGAAUCAUCAUGGGCAUUUAUAAGUAAAAUUAACGUGGUUUCUACAAACGGUAUUUAUGGCAACACUGGAGCUACCAUUAAGUCUAACAACAUUAUUGUGAAGGAAAUUAAAAAAGAAGGAAACAAUAAACCAAAAUUACAAAGUAGUUCAUAUAAUGUUCCUGACUUGGCUCGCAGCAUCAAGCUGGAUUUGGAACUCGCUAUGCAAGGUUACAAGGAAAACGUAUGCUUUGAAGAAGUUUGUUGUCAUUUCUACGUAAAACUUGCGGGAAAGGGUAACUCGGACGUGUCAUACAAUGUAGGAGUUCAUGCUGGUACAAUGGAUGUAGGUUCUCAAACAGUGGCCACUCGGGGCUGCGUUUUGGUCGCCUGCGCAGGGUCAGAUCAAUCUUGCUCUGUACUGUCCAGAAAUUCAUCAGAAGUCACCUUUAAAACGAUCUCUAUAUCUAGUAACUUUAGUCAGGACUGUACGCAGUUCCCAAUUCUACAAACUACAGAUGCCAAGAACAUAAAAUUCAAUCAACAAAAUGGUAUAAAUAACAGGCAGGUUAACAUGGAAAUUUAUGAAUGUAAUAAUGUAUUAAAUUUCGGAAUUAUCAGCAUCGAAUCGAAGCCAAUCGACGAAUCUAGUGAACAAUUGAUCGAUUUCUCUUCAUACAUUACGAGUGAGAAUGUUCAAGAAUUCUUCGAUUAUCUUUGGAUUCGAUUGCGUUUUCCGAUAUUUAUCAUAUCGAUAUAUAUAUUGGAAAUGAUGUAAAUUGUAUUUACUUAUUAAAAUAAGUAACAUUAUAUAUUUAUUAGUACGUUGGUUGGCAUUUAAUAGGGUUUUCAUAUUUGUCAAGGGUAAGGUAUAUUAAAAUAAUUUGAUAUAUGAUUAUUAUUAUAAAAUAUUAUGAGACUGAUAUUAUGUAUUUUAUAAAAAGGUUUUAAUUAUAUUUAUAUUGAAGUGUUUAAUUUCCUUUAGGUUGUCUUUUAUAAUAAGAUUUUGGACAUGUUUUUUUAAGUCUAUUAAUUAUUAUUGUAAACGAAGAUAUAUUUAUUUGUGAUAGCAUUAAUUCUUAUAUUCAACGAAUUGAGAACAUCCAAAACGUAUCUAAGGUAUAUAGUCAUGAUAUAUCAAAAAUGUUAUUCUAUAUAUAAAGAUGCAAAAACUAGACAGUUAUUUGUCUUUGGCCUGUCGUAAGUGCCGGAAAUACUUAAAUUAACAAAUGAAAGUACCUAUAUAACUUAAAAUUAUUGGUAAAGCUUAAUAUUUGUCACUUUAAUAAUAUUUGUUAGGUGUUUAACUAAUUAACUUAUUAUUUCAAUAUUAAAUUUAUUUAAAAAAGGAUAAUAGUACAUUUAUUUAUUUCAUUUAAAAUUCAAAUUUAUUUUCGGCACGAUGAAGAGAACGAUUAUUAUAUAGCCUGUUUACAUAGUUUUGAACGAAAAUUUUAAUUACCUAUAUUAAGUAAUUCAGAUCUCUGUGAUAUUAAAAUAAUGUGAAUAAAUGAGUUUAUUAAAUA